CAGCCGGUGAAAAGGCAGUGAAAGAAGCAAACUUAAUUUCAGUACAUUUUUAACUUGUACAAAGACGAGUUGGGUGAAUUUAGGGUGUAACCGAAGUGUUUAUUAAAAUUAAAAUAAUUCAAAAACAAAUUUCCAAUACGACUUUAUCUGUGUGCUAACAAAUUUAUGUUGAGUAGUUGACAGUAAGAAAAAUAAAUUCACUUAAAGUAAACAUUUUUAAGUAAACAAAUUGUUUGUGUUUUUAAACAAAAUUUAUUUUCGAACUGGCAAAUUUAUAAAUCCGCUGUAAAAUCUAUGACGACAUGGAAUAAAUGCAAAUUCUAUAAACAAAUCAAACGGAAAUUGACUUGCGAACGAGUAAAGCAGAAUGUAAAUACACACUGAAAGCCGCGUAAAGAAAACGUCAAACAAAAAUAUCAAAUAAUUACUAGAUGUAUGAAAACAAAAGUUGAUAGAAAAACAAAAAAAGAAAAAACAAAAAAUCAACACAGAAAGAAUACGCUCGGUUUGAAAAUAACAACAAAAAAGGAAAUUAGUGACAAACAACAACAGCAACGCAACAAGCAUUUCUGCCUAGGUACGUAACUAAAUGACAGCAACAAAAGCUACAUACGUGCUUAUGUCCAAAUGUAUGUAUGUAUGUGCGUGACUACGAGUACAGAGCAAUAACCGCUGCAAAGUAACGACGAAUCAACGAAUUUGUGGGUGGCUAGUAAACUGCAAACAAACCAAAACAAAAUAAUAAGCCGGCUAAGGCGGACUAAAGGAAAUGCACAGCUGCAUACGCGUACUCCUCACUGGAAAGGAUACUUAGAAACCACUGCCAAAAUCAUUACUCUCUUCACUUUUUAUUUUUCUUUUUUGUUACACCUGUAAAGUUAGUCCGCCGAGCAAUUACAGGAAAGUGCUUGCAUUACGUAUCGCACUGUCUGCUCAAUUGGAUGCAACAACGUUAAGGACAACGAACUCUAAAUUGGAUUUUAUUGAACGAGUACAUACAUACAUAAACAGCAUAAAUUGAAAUGGCGCUAAUAAAAUUGGCUAGACAAUUAGGUCUACUUGAAACCAUAUACGUUGAUGGUGAAUCCGCUGCUGAUAAAAGCAAUACAUCCAGCUACUUAAAUAGGCUACGCAAGCCACAACUAACAAUGCAGCCAUAUAAAUAUCUAAUAUGUGUCGAUUUUGAAGCGACUUGUUGGGAGAAUCAUGCGCCACCCAAUUGGCGGGAGCCGGAAAUUAUAGAAUUCCCCGCUGUGCUGGUUAAUAUGCAAACUGGAAAGGUUGAAGCGGAAUUCCAAAAGUUUGUCAUGCCAAUUGAAUCACCUAAAUUGAGCGCUUUCUGCACUGAACUCACAGGCAUCAAGCAAAAAAGUGUCGACGAUGGCAUGCCACUCCAGACAGCCAUAAUGAUGUUUCAAGAAUGGCUACGCAAAGAGUUGCGAACGCGUAAUUUACAACUGCCAAAAAUGUCCAAAGACAAACCAAUUGGUACAUGCGCCUUUGUCACCUGGACAGAUUGGGAUUUUGGCGUUUGUUUGGCCAAGGAAUGUCAGCGUAAGAGGCUAAAGAAACCGACAUAUUUUAACCAGUGGAUCGAUUUACGUGCUAUCUUCCGUGAAUGGUACAAAUAUAGGCCGAUUAACUUUGCCGAUGCCAUAUCGCAUGUCGGCCUCACAUUCAAAGGACGCGAACAUUCGGGUAUCGAUGAUGCACGCAAUUUGGCAGCGUUGGCGUAUAAGAUAGCAAACGAUGGUGCACCACUGGCGAUAACCAAGGACCUCGCGCCAUUUCAACUUAACUCGAAUUGUAUACUAUAAAUACUAUAAGUAGCGGUAUUCGAUAGUGCGGCAAGUGACUGAGAGGGGGAAGAGUCAUAGGUUUUUUUUUUAAUUUAUGCAUACAAACAUACAUACUUAUAUAUUUUUAUGAAAUAAACGUAAUGCAUGCAAUUAUUGUAAGACUUAAUGAAAUACAGACAUACACAUA